AUGUUUGCUGAUGAUCUCAUGUUUUACUGUCAUGGUGAUAUUCAGUCCCUCUAUAUCAUAACCAAGUUAAUUACUACAUUUUCAGAGUUGUCUGGACUUUUCCCUAACCUAUCCAAAAGCCUUCUGUUUAUUGCUAAUGUACCUGAGGACACCCAACAACUUAUGAUCAAUUUGUGUGGUUCUGAGUUCGGGAACCUUCCUAUUAGGUACCUUGGUAUGCCUUUAAGCUCUAUGAGGCACAAUGUUAAUGACUGUAGAAUUCUAGUUGAAAGGGUCACAGUUAGAAUUACCUGUUGGACAGCUAGAUUCCUUUCAUAUACAGGGGUCAACUUGAGAACUUCAGGAGCUCAGGUUGCUUGGUGGAAUGUGUGCAAACCAAAAGAUUUUGGGGGUGUGGGCAUACCUCAAUUAGCUGCUUUGAACCGCAUCUCCAUGCUCAGACAUAUCCGGAACUUGUUUAAAGACAGAGACCAAUCCAUUUGGUUUGAAUGGGCUCAUAAGAACCUCAUCAAAAAUCGAAGCCCCCUUGACACCAGAAUCGAUCAUAACCUCAUUGCUUAUUCCCAGUGGGAAGAUUGGGCAAAGGUACAAUGUUUUAUUAGACAUGAUCAGUGGAGAAUUCCACGUUUGUUCAGAGAAAUCAUUCCCUUCAUUGGAACUACAAAGCAGCUUCCUAUGUUGAUUGCAGGAUCACAUGACUCUGUCACUUGGAUCCUUUCCUCUAUUGGUAGCUUUCACCUAGCUACCACCUACAAAGCUCUUAUCUCUUCUUCCCCUUCCAUCUUAUGGCAUUCUAGUAUCUGGUUUUCAAACCAUAUUCCGCGGUAUUCUUUCAUCGCUCGGGUUACUUUUAGUCACAAUCUCAAGACUAGGGACAGUCCGGCUCUGGCAAAGAAAAUUGCUCCAAAUUACUGCUCUCUAUGCCUUGCUGCUGCCGAGAGUCACCACCUCUUUUUCAAGUGUAUCAAAGCUCCAGAUGGUUAUGUGUACAAGCUUUGUCUCACUAUAUUUGUGUAUUUCAUAUGGAGGGAGAGGAAUAGGCGAAAUGCCAUGAAUCCAGUGGCUUCCACUGCUUCGAUUAUUAAGUUGAUCUAUACCAACGUAAGGAAUCGUCUCAUGUCCUGCAAACUGCGUGAUUCGAAGGCUGCGAGAACCAUUGCAGCUGCAUGGAGUCUUCCUAGUUCAGUUUUUGGUGAGGGGCAAUAA